AUGAGAGUCGAACGCGGAUCACGGCUCUCGAGGUCGGCAGUGCUGGUCGCAGCGUGGGCUGCGUGCCUCGUGACCGCCGUCGCGCUCCACUCGCCGCUCUCUCAGGUGCCCUUGCUCGCGUGCCCCGUUGCCCGCGUGCCACUCUCGCUGCUCCCAUGCGUGCCGUCCUGCGCCGUGCCUGAUCCAGCGCCAUUUCACCCGGCUUACCCUCAUUCACCCCACCUUCCCAACCCAUUUUCCCUGUGCUUCUCCCGUCCCACCCUCUCCCACCCCUCCACCCCGCACGCCCCUCCCCCCUCCCUCGCGCCGCAUGUAUUAGUGGCAGCCCGCGGAGGGCGCGGAGCAAACGGAUGGGGAAGCACACUGGCGGAGAGCAGAGGGCGUGCAACAAUGGGUUGGGGGGAGGGGCGACGGGUGGAGAAUUGGGGAAGGGGCGGCGAGUGGGGAGGAGGGUGGAGCGGGAGGAGUGAGGGGCGCGGGGGUGAAGCGAGGAGAGGCGGAGGCAGAGGGGGAACUCCGUGCAGGCAGGCGGCUGUUGGCUGCUGUGAUAGGGGGCAAGGGGAUGAGGGGGGCGAGGGGGGUGAUGGGGGGAAGGGGGGUGCGGGGGAUGAGGGGGAAUUGGAGCAGGCGGAGGGCAAGGGGAGUGAGGGUAGGAGCGAGGGAGAGAGAGCAGUGGGGGAGAAGGAAGGGGGGGACUUGGGUGAUGAUGGCAAUGCAGCUGCGCCACAGGGCGCGGAUGAGCCAGAGGGCGCGGAUGAGCCACAGGGCGCGGAUGGGUCACAGGGCGCGGAUGAGCCAGAGGGCGCGGAUGGGUCACAUGGCGCAGAUGGGUCACAUGUCGCAGAUGGGUCACAUGUCGCAGAUGGGUCACAUGGCAUGGGGCCAUAUUCGGCGGAGGAGGGCGGGGCAGACGGGUCGGAGGAGGAGGGAGAGGGUAUGGAAGGCGAUGAGGCAGGUGGUGCGUGGGAGGAGGGGGAGGGCGCGGCAGGGUCGGAGAGCAACACAGGGGGGUUUGGGUGGAGGGAGGCUAAGGAGAGUGUGGAGGUAGCAGCAGCAUUGGGGGAAGCAGAGGGUGCAGGCAGCAAUGAAGACGUGUUGUUUGACAUCCCUCCUGCUCCUGCUGCUCCUGCUGCUGCUGCUGCUGCUGCUGCUGUCCCUGAUGAUGGCGCGGCGCAGCAGGGUGAGAUGGGAGGGGAUGACACGUGGAGAGGGAACGAGAACACGGGGGAGCAGGUGAGCGUCCCUCCUCCUCCUCUCCUUCCUCUAUCUCCCCCCUUCCCUUCCUUACCCUGUCACGCACCUGCGCUGCCCCCUCGCACGCCCGUUCUCACCGUGCCACCCUCACCCCGCCUGUCCACCGUCGGUCGCAUCACGCACGGCACGGGCCCUUCCCUCCGGCAGGUGGCAGCCAAGCCGGCCCACCUGUGGCGGGUGGCGGUGUGCCUCGUGGGCGGGGCGCGCGACUUCGAGCUCACGGGCCCGUCCAUCGUGCAGCGCCUGCUGCUGCCGCUGCUGCCGCACCGCCCCGUGCUCUUCCUGCACGCGCCCCUCGACCACGCCUCCUUCAAGCUCUGGCCGCUGCUCUGGGCUGCGCGGCGCGGCGUGGCCGUGGGGGCGGUGCGCGUGUUCCCCAGCACGUGGGUGAAUGAGAGCGCCCUGCCGCCGGGGGUGGUGGAGGACCCUUCCUCGCCACACGGCACUCAGGGCAUGCUGCAGUACUUCCGUCUCGUGGAGGGGUGCAUCCCCCUCAUGCGCGCCUACGAGCGCCGCCACGCCAUCACCUUCGACUGGCUGCUGCGCACGCGAGUCGACACCUUCUGGCACCGCCCCUUGCCGCCGCUCUCCGCCUUCCCCCUGCACGCCUACACCAUCCCCUUCGGCUCCGACUGCUUCGGCCUGAAUGACCGCUUUGGCCUCGGCACGUGGCACACCGCCCUGCCCGCGCUCUCGCGCCUCUCCAUGCUGCCUGCCAUUGCUGCGGGCGGCGCGUUUCGGCAGUUUUCUAUGCAGGGCGUGGGCGGGCUGGGGCAGGAGGCGAGCAACUCGCAUGCCAUCCCCGUGGAGGUACCAACAGGGCUGAACUCAGAGCAGGCAUUCAAGGCGCAGCUGGCACUGGCAGGGGUGCCAGUAGCACGGGCGGACCUGGCGUUCUGUGUGGUGAGCCGGCGAGUGUACCGGCACCACGCCAUGCCCGUGCUCUCGCUCAACACGUCCACGCCCCUCAACGGCGCCAAGUGCCGGCCCUGCUACCCCAAGAUCAAAGGUGCCGAGGCCAAUCUGCGCAUCCGGCGGUGGUACCUGGAGGGCUCGCGCUUCGGUCCGCACCGCUCGCCCUCAUUCGCCAACCGCACCGACUUUGCGCUGUGCGACGCCGCCAAGCCGUGGCCCGCCCCCCACGUGGCGGCCGCCCUGUUUGACGCCGCUGCCGGGCCACGGCUGGCGAGGGAGCGCCACUCCAUCAUGCAUGUCACCCUGCGCGGCUGCGCACGCAACUUCAGGAAGCUGCGGCGGCAUGCGGAGGAGUGGCAGGCGCCAGCAGAGGCGGUGCUGUGCUUCCGGUCGCAGCUGGGGGAGGUGCAGCUGCUGGGGCCGCCUGGCCAGUGCUUCUACACCGCGCUGCACGGGGUCAACCGCACCAGCCUGGUCAUGACAACCACACCGGGAGCCGCACAUGCGAAGGGCUCGUGGGAGUGGAGCAUGCGGCGCCAUGCGCCUGGCCUCCACAUCUCUGCUCUCCCUGCUGCCGUCACACAUGCCUCCUCCACCGCCCACACACUCAAGCUGUCACUCACAGGCGCUGACCUGCCACUCAUCUUCGACUGGCAGAAGCAAAACGCCUCACUGCCCACCUGCCAGCUGCUGCUUGCCUUGCCAGAUGCGGUGGCCCCACUGGACCGCAACGCCACCAUCACUGCCCUGCACCACCUCGGAUUCCACCUCAUGGCGUGCAUUCAAGAACCGCGUGUCACGGUCGAGAGAUGCUCCUUCUUCUCCGUGAAAUACUGCUCGCAGCUCUUAGCAACUCUCUUCCCCAUGGGCCAGCCGCCUUCGCUACUGCCAUCGCCACUGCUGCUGCCAGCAACACUCACAUCAUCGCUGUUCCUAUGGGAGCGGAACGAGCCAUGCCGUUUUGGUGGUGGUGAGCGUGGGGACAGAGCAAGCGGCAAGGAGCCGUGCUUGUUGGGCGGUGGCGAGGCGAGCAUGAAGAAGAAGGCAGCUGAGUAUAUGCACACGUGCCACACACUGCAGUGGAUUGGGGAGAUAUUAGAGUGA